ACUUGCCUUCCGCCCGGCUCCUGUACACAGCGGAUUAUGGGUACUAACUUCAGCACUGCACUUCCAGGAAAACAGAGAAUUUUUUAAUGGGGAGUUUUCCUGCACCUGUUUUGCGUAAAACCGCAGAGAGGGGUCCAGACAUGACCGUGGUGGAGGACAUGGCUGGGUUUACCCCCCAGAAGGAGAUCGUGUAUAAUGGCCUGCUACCGUACUCGGAUCGCUUGGACCAGGAGGCUACGGAGCUGCUGGCGGAGAUCAAAGCUAACCUGGCCAGAGCCGUCCUUGUCCGGGAGCUGUGGCCUGGGGUCGGUUUCUGGUCGAGGAAACUCUUCUCGUUUCUGAAGCUGUAUGGACGAAGAUUCAGCAAAGAGGACCACAUCCUCUUCAUCAAGUUGCUGUAUGAGUUGGUGACGCUGCCAAACCUGGAGCCUUACACGAUGCAGGGCUAUGCCAAGCUGCUCAUUCAGCUUCUCAAGAAGAAGGAGCUGCUCUCAAGGGAGGACUUGCAAUUGCCGUGGCGGCCGCUCUAUGAUCUGUACGAGAGGGUCGUCUACUCCAAAACCGAGCACCUUGGACUCAUCUGGUUCCCAAACUCAGUGGACCAUAUUCUGAAGGCUUUGAUCAAAAGCUGCAGACUGUAUUUCCCCGCGUCGUCCACUAAGGAAAUGCUGGAUGAGUGGCGCCCCCUGCUGUGCGUGUUUGACGUGUCCAUGCAGAAGGCCAUCAGUAACAUGGAGCUGUUCCUACCCACCAUCAUGCCCCCGGAGGAGCACAGCCAGGGCUUCCAAACACUCUUAGGAGAAAAGCGUCAUCACAUCCAACAGUUUGAACGAAUAAUGCGCUUCCUACGUGAACAGUGCUCCCACUUGCCUUGGCUGUGGUUUGAUGAACUCAUGAGUCUUUGGACAUCAGUGCAAAAUCAGCCAAGCUGGGAAGGGCACCUCGUGAACCUGUUCGCCCGCCUUGCCAACGACAACAUUGGAUACGUGGACUGGACACCUUAUAUUCCCACAAUCUUCACAAGGAUCCUGCGCAGUUUAAAUCUUCCAGUCGGGGUCAGUCAUAUGGUGGCACCGAGGUACCUGACCAACUCGUAUGACAUCGGGCAUUUGGUGUUGUGGAUCACAGCACUUCUGGGUGGACAAGGAAACCCUGCACAGGAGAAGCUGACCUGCCUCUUCAACAGCAUUGCCUCUUUCUACCAUCCGUCCAAUCAUGGCCGGUGGCAGUCUCGCUUGAUGAGGCUGCUGCAGCGUCUGCCUGCGAGCGUUGUGCGCCGCGUGCAUCGGGAGCGUCAUGCAGCCCCCAGCUGGAUCACGCUGGUUCCUGAGAGUCAGAGGCUGACUGAUGAGGACUUGCAAGAGUUCACAAGAAGUCUCAUUGGGGCCGCCCUGCUGGCCAUGUUCAGUAAAACCGGGAGUACAGACGCAGCCUACGCCCUGCAGAACCUCGCUCUCCUCACACCUGAACUCGUCAUACCACCUGUACUUGAGAAAACAUAUGCAGCGAUGGAAACCCUGACGGAGCCUCACACCCUCACCGCCACCCUCAGCUGCAUGAUCGGCAUGGCUCGUAGCCUGGUUUCCCCUAACAACCAUUACCCAGAGGGCCGUGCACAUGUGCUCCCAUUGCUCAUAGGCUCUUUGCCAGGUGUCGACCCGAACGACUUCAGCAAGUGCAUGAUAACUUUCCAGUUCAUCGCCACUUUCACCACCCUGGUGCCUUUAGUGGACUGUUCGUCUGCUCCUUCCCAAUACAGUGAUCUCACAGAGAUUGAAAGAGAUUUGUGUUUUGCUUCAGCUGAGUUUGAAGACUUCGUUCUCCAGUUUCUGGACAGGUGUUUUGCUCUGAUAGACAGCAGCACUCUGGAACAGACGAGAGAUGAGAUGGAGACAGAUACUCAGACUCAUCUGGAGAGCCUGGUGGAGCUGGGCCUGUCGUCUACUGUUAGCACCAUCCUUACACAGUGCUCCGAGCAGAUAUACAAGAUGGCGCUGCAGAAACUGUUCAACUUUGCCACCUCCAACAUCUUUGAGACAUGCGUGUCAGGAAGGAUGGUGGCUGACAUGUGCAGAGCUGCAGCAAAGUGUCAUCCUGCUGAGUCUCUCCGUCUGUUCGUCCCUCACUGCUGCAGCGUCAUUUUCCACAUUACAGACAAUGAGGAGCUGCGGAGUGAGGACGAGCUGGAUAAGGAGCUGUUGUGGAAUCUCCAGCUGCUCUCUGAGGUUACCCGUGUGGAUGGCGAACAGCUGUUAAAAUACCGAGAGGACCUGGAGCGGAUCCUGUGCGUGUGCGUGCGUCUGCGCUGUAAAAGAGCGUACACGCUCGCCUGCAAUCUGCUGGAGCACACGCUCCGCUCGCUGUCCCUCAUAUAUCCCACCGAAUACCGCAGCACCCCUGGAGGCUUCAAUACUGACCUCCCUAUACGGGACUGGGGCAGAGCUGGAGAUGUGGCAGCGUUGGGUGUAUGUUGGCACGUGCCCAGUCAAGAGGAGGAGAACUUUGUUUUCCAGCUGCUGUCCCGCCUCCUGCACCCGGAGCUGCAGCGAAUCAAGAGCCACGUCUCUGGAGAGCAGCCAAUGAGCAGGGAGGAGCUGUUGCAGAGUCUUGCCAUCGUGCAGCACUGUCUCCUCGGAGCUGGGAGCAUGCUGCCCCCUCUGGAUGGACCACACGUACCUGACCUCGUGCCCACCAUGGUUAAUCUGGGGGAGAUGAAGCUGCAUAUAGGCGUUGAAUACGAUGAUUCACGGGAGAACUACAGAGAGUCCAUCUGCCAAACCAUGAGACUGCUGCUACAUCACAUCCUAGAGCACUCCGAGGAUGACACAAAGUCGCUCUUUGUCAUCAUUAAGAUCAUCAGUGACCUCAUGCUUUUCCGAGGCACUCACAAGAAGGAGUUUGACUCACGCUGGAAGAGCUUCACUCUUGUUAAGAAGUCGAUGGAAAACAGACUUCUUGGGAAAAAGCAGCACAUCAGAGCACUGCUCAUUGACCGGGUUCUUCUCCAACAUGAGAUGAGGAAGCUGGUGGUGGACGGCACUGAAUAUAAAGUGGUUCAUCAGGAGCUGCUCUGUAAUCUGCUGCAGCUUUCAACCAGCACUUACAGCCAGGUACGCAGCAGGGCCCAGAACGUGCUGAUGGCCGCUUUGGGAACAUUUAGCUUCUCCUACAGAGACCUUAUUCCCCGAAUUGUCCAACUGCUCUCCCCACAACAAACUAGCAGCUCACAGCAGCAGUUUAAGGGCGCUCUGUACUGCCUGCUGAGUGUGCACAGCGGUUUCUGUCUGGCCAGCAGAGACUGGGACUGUGUUGGGUUGGUGUGGCCCGCUCUGGUCCGCUGCGGUCUCUCUCCCACCAUGACCCUUGACGAGCCCUCUAUUGGCCGACUCCUGGAUGACGUCACUGACAGGAUCCACCGCCAGCAUGACACUAUCGGGAUCUAUUUUACUGUAUCUGAAGGUUGUGUGGAGGUAGCCAAUCGUAUCGCUCAGUCUGAGAAUCCCACCCCUUGUUUAGAGGCACCAUCUGUAGAGGAGCUGAAAGAGGGGCUUCAGCGCCAGCGAAUCAGGAACGUGGUUGCAGCGAGAAAAUAUGAGAAGCUGGUCAAUGAUCUCUUGGACUGCCUUGAAGACAGAGACCUGCCGUGGAAGUUUGAACACAUGGCCACAGACUUGUUGUCUCUCCAGCUGAGAGAAGAUCACCCUCUGCCCCCCGAUGCUGUCCUUUUCUUCACACAGAGCCUCGUACACGACUCCAUCAGCAUCCGCAAGGUGGCGAUCUUAGCACUGGCCGGUAUCCUGAAACAACUGAAGCAACCAACAAAGAAAGAAACUGUGAAGCCGUCAGAUAUCAGUGGUUUAGUGGAUCCAGAGGACUUGUGUGUUGGUGAUCGUGAGGGGAACCGCUGGCUCCAGUAUGACAGCAACAACCUCCCUGUGAGUCAGGAACAGUGGGACUCUCUGCACUUUGUGGAGAAAACACACUUGGGCUACUACACGUUUCCGAGAGAAAUGAUGAUCUAUGCAGCUUCUGAAAAGUCAAAAGAUGACCUGCAGUAUGAGGAGAUGAGCGAGGGUGAAAAGAUCAUCUUUGAAUAUUUCUCCGACCCAGAGUUUAUCGACCAGCUCAUAGAGUUCCUCUCUCUGGAGGAUCGGAAAGGAAAAGACAGCUUCAACCCGCGACGCUUCUGCCUCUUCAAGGGGCUGUUUCGUAACUAUGGUGACGUGUUCCUACCGUUACUAUGGCCUCACCUGGAGCAGCUCGCCAGCGAUCCCCAUGAGAGCUCGCAGCGCUGCGUGUGUGAGAUUACUGCAGGACUAAUCAGGGGUAGCAAACUCUGGAGUUUCAGCCAGGUGGACAGGCUGUGGAAGCUUUUGUGCCCUCUGAUCAGAACAGCUUUGACCAACAUCACAGUGGAGACGUACACAGACUGGGGCACCUGCAUCGCCACCGCCUGCGAAGGCCGGGACCCCCGUAAACUCCACUGGCUGUUUGAGUUGCUGAUGGAGAGCCCCCUCAGCGGAGAGGGCGGCUCAUUCAGGGAUGCCAGUUUGCUGUAUGUGCUUCAGGGAGGUCUGGCCCAGCAGCAGUGGAGAGUUUCUGAGCUGCUGCACCGGCUGCUGGCGUACCUGGAGCCCAAACUCACCCAAGUGUAUAAGAAUGUCAGGGAGCGCAUUGGAAGUGUCCUGACCUAUAUCUUUAUGAUAGACGUGGCUCUGCCCCACACUGCGCCCACCUCCUCCCCCCACGUGGCAGAGUUUGUCACCCGGGUCCUGGAGCGGCUCAAGCCCCUCACGUCGGAGCCGGAGAUCCACAACCACGUCCACGAGGAGAACACCCAGGAGACGGACGAGCGCACCCAGGCUGUCAAACUGCUCAAGACAGUGCUGAAAUGGUUGAUGGCGAGCGCAGGGCGAACUUUCACCACUCCUGUUCAGCAGCAGUUACAGCUCCUGCCUCUACUCUUCAAGAUCGCCCCGGUGGAGAUUGAUGAGAGCUAUGAUGAGAUGAAGCAGGAUGCACGCACGUGUCUCUCUCUCAUGUCCCAGGGCCUGCUGUAUCCUGAACACAUCCCUCUGGUUCUGGCCGCGCUGGAAGAGAUGGCAGGAAGCAGAUCAUGGCACGCUCGCUUCUCAGUCCUGACCUACCUCCAGAUUAUGGUUUUCUACAACCUGUUUACCCUGCUCAGCGUGCCCGCCGAGGUUCUCUGCAUCCGGAAGCUUAUAAUGCAGCUGCUGCUUGAUGAACAACUCGAGGUGAGGGACAUGGCAGGCACCACCCUCAGUGGUUUACUGCAGUGCCACUUCUUCCCUCUGGACUCCAGUCUGCAGACGCAGCUCCAGACGCUGAGUCAGACUCCCCUCCCCAAGGCCAGAGGAGAGCUGUCCUCCACAGACUUGGUGCGGCGCCAUGCUGGAGUGCUUGGCCUCAGCGCAUGCAUCCUGUCGAGCCCCUACGACGUCCCGGACUGGAUGCCUCGGAUACUGAUGGACCUGAGCGACCAUCUCAAUGACCCACAGCCUAUAGAGAUGACGGUGAAGAAGACCCUCUCCGAGUUCCGACGUACUCAUCACGAUAACUGGCAGGAGCACCGUCAGUGUUUCACCGAUGACCAGCUGCUGGUGCUCACAGACCUGCUGGUGUCACCGUGCUACUACGCCUAGACAGCCAGCUGCCUUCUCCUGGUCCUCUACAGACUUUUCGACCUGUCCAUACAAAAAGCUGAUGUAACAUUUGAACACUGUUAGGAAAUCACAUGUCUUCUGUGCCGGAUGUUAAAAUAACCUCAGAUGUUGUUGCAGUGGAUGAGAGCCCUGUGUCUGGAACCUCAUAGCCGAUGUUGGCCUUCAGUUAACCAGGAACAAGAAACAGAGCUGGUGAUUUCUAAUACUGAUCCUACUUGGUGGGUUGACGUCAUCUUGCCAAGCAGUUCAGCAGCCCCAAAGGUGGCUAACUUACUUUAGAGAACACCACCAUACAAGGUGUAUUAUUUUCUAGAGAAAUACAUAUUCAUUUACCAAGAAUAUAUUUACAAAGCACUGUUUUCAUUCAUGUGUUUUACUCUACCUACUUAAAACAGCUCUAAUAUUUAAAAGUGGGAACUCAAACUCAGUUUUAUUAAUACAAGCAAGCUUGUAAUGUUUACUUGAAGAUUUUUGUAUUUAAAAAUUAAAAUAUUAGUACCAAGUACACCAAAGUCUAAUAAGUAAAUAAAAUAAGAUACUUGUUAUGAAAUGUGAUAUUUAUAUAAGAUAAACUUUAUUAAUCCUUCUUUGGGUGACAUUUACUCCUUACAGCAGCUCAGGACUCAGAGAAAAGCUAUUAUUCUAACACACUAUAAUAUAUAAUACUAUAAAAUUAAACUACUUAUAAGCAUACUCUAUAAAACUAUAAAUAAUGACAUGUAUAACAUGGUUAUAACUUUAUCAUACUACUGUACAGCAAAAUAUGUUCUAUUGUACAUUAGCUGUCUGAUUUGUUGUUUACUUUAAA